GGGAAGCCCUUCGUCACGAGCUUGGCCCACCGAGGAAAUUGCGUGGCUUCCGCCUUCGCUGCAAGAGCCGGCAGCUUGUCUCACACCCGGCCGCGCAGUUAUCGGCAACCCCGAGAUAAAACAUACCAGACACACGCCGCACUGGGGAAAAAACGAGGAGACUGAGUGACACAUAAAUUUGGUCUCGGUGGAGGGCAAACCCUGUGGCAGCGAUGGCCGAGUCGAGGAAAUUAGGCAGCUUGCUGCAAGAGAUGAACCGCGACCUCAAGUGUCGCAAAGGGUGCAGCUUCUACGGGAACCCCGAAUGGGACGGGUACUGCUCUCAGUGCUACAAGGAGCUCCGAGCAGCGCAGGCAGCUGCAGCAGCCCCAGCCAGCCCUCUGGGAACCCAGCCAGCAAGACGGCUGUCCCGCAGUGCCAGCGAGUCUCCAGAAGGCUACCCCAGUGCCUCGCAGCCAGGCCUGAUAGAACCGUCGCCGUUCUCACGAUUUGCCGAGAAAAAGCGACAGCAUGCCGAGAAACGGACUAAGACGCUCCGUAGCAUCAUCCGCAGGUCCAACACGGUCAAAGAGUCGGUGAGCUCCAAGGACUUUCAGCUGAGCAGUUUGGAGAGCAAUCCUGCCGCCAAGGAGCUCAAGGACUUCCUUCGUGACCUGAAGGAGUCUGCUGCUUGCGAUGUCAUUAAGCAGGUCAGGGCGGCUGUGGAUCGCAUCCACAAGAUGUCCCGGGACCAGUCAAUCGACGAGCUCUCAAACCAGGUGCAGGACUUCUAUCAGAAGAUGCACGAGCGCUUUGAGACUCACACCCACUACCAAGGUCUGGAGCCCGACCAGGUGGAGCGUCUCAUGGACUUGACGGAGAACUACCUGAUGAGUCUGACGUACAAGUCCAUCUUCGAGUUCAUCUCCACGGCCGACGAGGAGAAGGACUUGGCAAUCCAACGCCGCAUCCGAUCCCUGAGCUGGGUGGCGGCACGGCACCUCGAGCUCGAGUUGGACGAUCGGCAGACGCCCGUGCGUGACGUGAUCGACCGUGCCAUCACGCACAUAAUUGAGCUGGACUCUCGCCACAGCCCCCGUGAGAAGUUGGCCUGUGUAGUGCGCUGCAGUCAGCAGCUGUUUGAGGCAUUGCGAAUGGGGCCCCAGGGUCCACAGCCGGCUUCGGCCGACGAGUUCCUGCCAGCAAUGGUGUAUGUGGUGCUGCGUGCCAACCCUCCCCUGCUCCACUCGAACAUCAAGUAUGUGACACGAUUCAGCGCCCCCAGCCGACUACUCAGUGGGGAGGCCGGCUACUACUUCACCAACCUGUGCUGUGCGGUGUCCUUCAUUGAGAACCUGACGGCCGAGUCACUGAACCUGCCCGCAGAGGAGUUUGAGCGCUACGUGACCGGCGAGGCAGUUCCCCCCGGUGGCUAUGACCAGGGGGCCAGCGAGGGCCUCCGCCUCAUGUACUCCAACCUGGCGCUGCUCUCCGACAUGCGGCAGCGGCAGGAGCUCCUCGCCGAAGGCACCAAGUUGCUCCGCGGCCGCAUCAACGAGUUUCGGGAGACAGUGUCUCGUGAGGUGGAACAGGCCCUCACGCAAGCACCAUUGGCUCCCUGCUCGUACAAGGUGCCCGCCGACCUCGACGUGCGGUUCGUACCUGCCUUCCUCCGCGACGUCGUCCUCCGAGAGUUGGACGACGGCGACAGCCUGCUGCUACAGUUGGACACUCCCCCACCUGCACCAGCCGCAUCCACUGAUUCGUCAUCCACCGUUGCACCCCUCGAGGAUGUCCAGCGAGUCCUGCUGGCCUCUGGCGACCCCAUGUCUCCCGACACGAUGGAGGCAUGCCUGCCCCCGCCCCUGCAACCGGUCAUCGUCGGCUCGACGACGGAAACGCAGGCGCAGUCAUUGGAGUCAACCCUGCCAUCAGCGGGGGACAUCUCCUGUACCAUGCCGGUCACAGAGACGACGGAACAAGCAUAGAACAUGCCCUGCCUGGGGUCAUCUGGUUCAACAAGACGAUCAGAGGCCACCACGGAUGUGGGAAUGUGUUCGUACUGUGCAACGGAAAACUUUUCUGCGCUGUUUCGCAACGGACUACUAUAAGCGUUUCGGUGCCAGAUGCACAUGUGCCACGACGUCACGCCACUGGACUUGUCUGCGUGCUUGUGGUGAAAUGCCGCUCCUUUUGCGAACAACCGUCUUCACUGAAGAUGGAAGGGGGAUGCUUGCUGACCCCACAAAUUGUAAAAACCGUCGAGACAAAUUUUUUCUCUUCUGUAUAUAAUUAUAUAUAUAUAUUAUAUAUAUGUCUACAUAAAUUUAUUCCUCCACCACUA